CAACUUUCAAUCACAACCAUAAGUGGUCACACUUUUGUGUGAGAACCCCUUGCUAUAUAGUAGUAUAUGGUAUACACCACCUUCCUUAACAUUCAAGCUGGUAGCUAAACAAAGCAAAGAAGUAAGAAAGAAGUGUGAGUGUGAAAAAUGCCUCAUAGCAGCAUUUCAGGAUCAGUGUCUUCUCCCAAGGUCGAUGUGGUCAUUGACAUGGGCAAUCCACUUCUUAACCUCACUGUUGAUGGUUUUUUGAAGAUUGGAGCUGUUGCAGCCACAAGGGCACUUGCAGAGGAUACCUAUCAUAUUGUUCGAAAGGGAAGUGUCUCAAGUAGUGAUUUUGAGAAAACUCUGAAGAAGACAUUUAAAGAAGGUGCAUACUGGGGAGCUAUAGCUGGCGUAUAUGUUGGAACAGAAUACGGGGUACAGAGGAUCCGUGGCACCAGAGACUGGAAGAAUGCCACAUUCGGAGGUGCAGUGACAGGGGCUCUGGUAUCUGCAGCCAGCAACGAGAAGGCAGACAAGAUUGUAAUAGGUGCCAUUACAGGGGCUGCAAUUGCGACUGCUGCAGAAUUCAUUAAUGGCUGGAGUUUCUAAUGGAUGUUUUAAAUGUUUAAUGCUAUUAUUCUAUGUUUGAAAAGGGGUUGCACAUUUGGUCUCUUUUGUCUGUCUUACCGUUAUGUAAUAAUUUUGAUGAAAUUACUAAUAAGAUGUGAUAUUUCAGCUUUCUGUCAA